AUGACCACCCCUACGGCUACUGCGAGGAUCUCCUCAAAGAAACAAACUCUUGAAGAUGCCUAUUCUCCUCCAGCAAAUUUUUUAGAAAUUGAUGUUUCAGACCCACAAACUCAUGGUGUGGCCAAAAAGCGUUACACAGAUUAUGAAGUGCGAAUGAAGACAAAUUUACCAGUAUUUAAACUUAAAGAAUCAAGUGUUCGCAGACGAUACAGUGAUUUUGAAUGGCUGAGAAAUGAAUUGGAAAGAGACAGUAAAAUUGUUGUACCACCUUUGCCUGGGAAAGCCCUGAAGCGACAAUUACCCUUUCGUGGAGAUGAUGGCAUUUUUGAAGAUGAAUUUAUAGAAGAAAGAAGGAAAGGACUGGAGCAGUUUAUUAAUAAAGUGGCUGGGCAUCCACUAGCACAAAAUGAAAAAUGCUUACACAUGUUUCUACAGGAGCCUAUAAUAGAUAAAAAUUAUGUUCCUGGAAAAAUUAGAACCACGUGAGGAAAUCUUCAGUGGAUAAAUCUCUCACCAAAAUUUUUUCACUGCUUUACAAACAAAUUUUUACAAAAAAAAGUAAUAUUUACCAUGCACCUACGAUUAUUUGCUUUGUUUAUUUUAAUUUAAUCUUUUUUUAAAUAAUGAAUAACUUUUUAAUAAUUGGCUCAUGAAAAAAGAAAUCAUACUCAAAACUGUAUUAUACAUUUUGAUUUUGAGUCUAGGCACUAUUUAAUGAAUUAAAUUGUAAUCCUUUACAUAGGUAGGGAAACGGUUAAAGUUUAAAAAACAAAUAUGUACAUUAAAAAUAAAAGUAGCUAACUUCAACAAAUAAGAGAUAAAGCUAUUUUUAUAUGUCAAUAUUGUAUUUCUAAUGUGGAUUUGUGAUUUUACAAACAAAAUUCUGUUUGUCACCUAUGUAUGGAUGGAUGAAUUUUUAUCAAAAGGAUGUACUGAUGUAUGCUUGUGAAGACUUUCAUAUUAGACUGGGUAAAGGUUUAGGAUUUAACAUUUUGUUACUUGCUUGUGAGUUAUUCUUUGCACAUUGAUUUCCAAAAUAAAAUACUUGUACCUAAAUUCUGAAUUCUCAAAUAGCUUAAAUGCUGUUGCUUAGUUUUAUUUGAUGCUGGUCUUCGCAUUCUGGUAUUUGUCAAGCAGAGGUGUUUUUAAUAUUUUAUCAGUAAAAUAAUGAAUACCUUUUAUUUUUAAUUUGUAAUGGAGGUGAGGAGAAAUUGAAUCAAUAAUAAACUAUUUAUAUUAUUUUACAAGUUUUCAGUAUUAAUGUACUAAAAAUCUUUUAAAUUGGGAUUUAUUUUGAAAUAAAUGGUAGGCUCAUUUUUUUGUUGAUAAUAAUGGAUUGAUGAUUAUAUUUUUUUUUAAACAACUGAUUGUAACAUGUUGGAUAUUUUUCUCUGUAUAUUUAAACAGUCUUGGUCCUGAAUGAUUUUGUGUAUUUUAAAUAUAAUGGUUUCAUUUUCAGUAGUAGUUUUUACAACCAGGACAUCAUUAAAAGUUAUGUCCAUUAAAUUCUGUCCCUUUGUAAUAAAGUUAUGUUUACAUUUUUGUAUAAGUUUGAAAUUUUGAGAUUUAAUUUAUGCCUUGUAUUAUAAAUAUACAAAUAUUUGUUAUAAGCAUGUGUUGUCAUGUCAUAUAAAGUUGAGAUAAUUACUACUAAUAAUAGGUUUGUUUUCAUGAGUUUAUCUUGCUUGUGUUGGUAAAAGUAAAAGCAGUUGUUAAUGCUGUGUGCACAAAGCAAUUUUUUUAUUUUGUAGAUAGUCCAGAUUUGAGGUUUUGUGCAAUGCUCAUAUUACAAUAUAAAGAAAAGGUUUUAUUGGUGAGAAAAAGUGAGAUAAUUCCAGUUUAGAAAAAUACACAUUUUCUCAUAUACAGAUUAAAUGUUUAUAUUGAAUGUGUCCAAUUCUUUUAAUAUCUAACUGGUUUUAUCAAUAAUUUCCCAUAAAGCUAGGAGAUGAACAAACUUAAAAAACAUUUUGAUGUUAUAUAUCAUUUUUGUCUUGCUCUGACAGUGGCUCAUAGCUGCUAUUUUGUGAUGUGUUUAAAUAAAAAUUAUAAUGAAAGCAACCAAAAUAAAUCAGCUCAAUCAUGCUGUUUCACUGUAAAAUUUGAAGUGCUAUAUUUAGAACAUUCCCAAUGUACCCUCUGAUCCCUUUUUUUUUUUUUGUUUGUUUUUAACUACUGCACUCAACUUAUGUUUGAAGUUGAAAUUAUUUUGGUUAUAACCUAUUUACAAACUUAAUAAGCAUAUUACAAACAAAAAUAUUUACUAAAAUAAAAAUUAUUUCAGAGCCAUCUAACAGUUCUUUUUCAAAAAAGUCAAACAGCUAGAAUUUUGCAAUAGCUGUCUGAAAAUAUGUAUACAUGAAAAGAAAUUUUUUAUCUUGAGGUGGAUUCAGCUCAUAAGACGCUCAAACUUUUAAAAAUAAUAUUUUGUCUAAAAUUAAAAAUUCGCCUUAAAAUACAUUCUGAAAGAAAAAUAUAGUGUUAAUCCUAAAAAUGCUGAUUUGAACAAUAAGCAACAUCAUGUUUCUAUUUAUUGAAUGGUACAAUAUUAAAAGUUAAAAAGCAAUAAAAUAAAAAUUUUCACAGGCAUUUUGAAGAAUGUAGAAUUUUUAGAAUGCUAUAGUACACAGUUAUGUACUCGUUUACAAAUGAUAUAUUGUAAACCUGAUUAAUACUAUAUUUGUGCACACACUGCCUGAGUUCUGCUGAACCAGAUGUUAUUGAUUAGCUUUUGACAUCUUUCCAAUCUUCAAAAAAGAUUUCUAACAUUUAUCUUCUAUAUUCAGCAUGAACUAUUAUUGUAUUCAGAAGUGUUAUUUGCCUCUUGGCCCUGUGAUCCAGCUUUAGUAUAUAUUUGUUAUGGACUAUUUUACCUGGGAUAUUGUUCUGUCUUCAUCUAUCCUACCUGGUCUUAAUGUAAUAAAUAUUACUUUAAUAGUCCAUACAUUAUAAACAUUAUUUAUGUAUACUGAAGAUCACAACUCCCCAAUAUUUUUGGCAAGACAAGUUCCAAGAAUUCAUACAUCAACCUUGGCUAUCUUGUUUUGCUAGGGUAAGUUUUGUAAAUAUCACAUUUAAAUCAAAACUUCUUCCUGCAAGUUACAUUUAAAAGACGACCUUUUUUAGAAAAAAAAUUAUUUUGAGAUGUUUUAUAACUGGGUAUCUUAGUUAAGUUUACCCUUAGGGGGUUAGGCUCCGGAAAAAAAACCAAUAAGCCUUUGUUAUUUAUUUGUUAUCUAAGUUAGUGUACUUAAAGAAAUAUUUUCUUUUUAGUGCCUUAGGUAAGCACGAAUAAAUAAAAAAGGCUCAGUUCUUUUUUGGAGCCUAACCCUUUAUACUAAAGUGUUCUUUGCAUUAAUGUCAAAAAAUUAUCUUCUUUAUUUUGUUGGAUCAUUUUACAUUAAUAGGUAGGCCUAGAUUGUUUUGUCAAACCACUUUUUUUUUCAAGAUAAAAAAAGUUGGUUGUAGAAAAUUGUUAUUGACUAUUAUUUAAAACUUUAUCACAAGCAAAAAAAAAAACUUCAAGUUAAAGAACAACAUCUAUAUUUUCUAUAAUUUGAUAAUUUGUUCAACUUUCUGGUCGAAUUUAAUGCAUGUCUUCUUAAUUAUCAUUAUGUAUACCUGUUAGUCCAAUAAAUCAUGUUUAUAAUGAAAUACACUUUCA